AUGGCUCGAUACCCAUCCUUUGAAGAAUACGCCAAGCGCAAUGCUUUCGGUGAAGGCAUAAAGCGAUGUGAGCAGCUUUUGGCAACAAGCCCGAAAGAUGUCGAUCUUUUGACCACCAAACUUCGCCUCUUAUGCGCCUCGAAACCAGAAUCAGAAGAUGGCCCAAAAGUGCUUGAACAACUGUCGACGAUAUCACCACCGAUACAGGACUAUCGACAGCUCGAGAUCAUAGAGGCUGCCGUUGUCGAUUCGUUCAGGAACACUUUCCCGCCUCCUCCAACAGCUGGGCCUGUGGUUGCCAAGCUGUGGGACAGUGCCUUCAAAGCAAACACAAAUCUCGAUUACAGGCUAGAUCUACUUUCCGUGCGCUUCUCCAGAGCAGUUCUCGACAACCGGUUGCAGGAUGUUCAGCAAGCCCUCAUACAGCUGAAAGCUGUAACACCUAGAAAUCGAGCGAUCUACAUGGCUCAUGCUGCUUACACCCAACUUCUGUCCACGAAGAAGGAUGAUUUGCAGUCAAAACUCGCUAUUGGUCUGGCGCGAAAAGCUGUGAACGAGAAAUUCGAUGAUGAGAAAGCGCUCGAUUGUAGGGUUGCUGGUCAAAUCUUUGCCAUUCAAGGCAGUGAGAAGGAUCUCGAAUCUAUCAGAGAGCGACCAGCGUUCCGGGAAAGCAAGCAGGUAUACGAAGCACUUCAGCUGCAUAAGAAGAGCACAACAAAUGCAGAAGCGAAUGGGACAGGAGAGAAAAGUGAUCCGUCGAAGGUCUCAUCAAGAGAAUGGCUCCAGUCUGAAGUCGACCAGUUGAAGCACAACUUCGGCGAGCUCAUUGAUGCGAAUGCAUCGGUCGAGGUUUUGAAGGAAUUCACUGCCAAUUCCAUCCGGCUGUUCCAUACCGCAACAACGUCACUCGAUCUUGGAGCACGGAACCGAGUUGCUGCAGAUCCCUGCUUCCUCGCAGUUUCGGGCCUCGUGAAGCUUUUCGCCGACACAAGCGAUGAAGCCUACCUCUUGCAGGCAGCAUAUUUUACGGAAAGUCUGCUCAGGUUCAAUGAGCACGUACACGAAGCGAGACUGAUUCUGGUCUACAUCUACACGCGGCUUGGACUUGGCGGAAAUGCGAUGCGCCUAUUCGAUUCGCUGAAUAUCAAGGAGAUCCAGUUUGACACUGUGGGCCAUACCUUGUUCACGAGGCUGUCUAGUAUACACCCCUUCCGGACAAAGCUGCCUAGUGAGGACUGGUAUGAGCCGCAUGAGCGCACUAACAAAGCUCUACAAGUAUAUCCUCGACAUGAAGACAAGCUAGCAGAUUGUGAGUGCGCCAUCCUUAACCAUGCACAGUCCGGCAUGAUCUUCGAGCUCAAUCAACUUCGAAGCGAGCUGCGGCAUAGCUGGUCUAGACGAAUGCUACUCCUGGAGCACAGGAGGACUGCUCGUCUUUCUGGAAAAGGCUACGGGAAAGCCACAAGUGAGGUCGGUCCGAGAGUGCUCGCAAACUGGACGCAAGUCAAGGACAAUCGUGACUUCAACGCCGCGUUCAACCAUGGUUUCAACGUCGAGAAAGCCCUAUACGGCACCAAUGGCAGGAUUCCAGGCGAGGGAUGGAUGCUCUACAGCCUCGCAGCUGAUGUCGCAUGGUCACUGGCCGGGAAGCAAAUCGCCCUCAUCAUCGACACGGAUAACCUAUUGGCCGCCCUUGAGAAGGCCACGGCUUCAGAAGAUAGUGAUCUUACGGGUGCCGAAAUCCUCUCCUCCCACAUCAUCACCAAGAUUCUGUCCGUCCUCCAGAAAGUCAAGUCUGGCACCUCACCAAGCAAAGACUCCAUCGAUGUGAUAUCCACCGCAGUGAAGAAACUCCCCAUCUCCUCCCUCAUCGCAUCAAAAGACCUCCUCGCAGAGCACAUCUCCGAUCACUACAUCUUCAUCGACACCAUGCUCAUCAUCCAUCGAACAUGCAAGUACAUCAAAGAAGUCGCCGAACACAUUCCACAAGAAGUAGCAAGCCUGCAGCAAACAGCAAUGAAAAUCAUCAAAUUACUGCAGACCCAUGCGACUGAGCAAGCAGCGGGAUUAAAAGUCCAAGAUGUAGUUCAAAAAAUUCAGAAAGACGAUGUGCUAGGGAAGGAAAUCGAUGCAUUUGGGAAUGAGGAUUUGAAGGCUUCUGCGGAGGAUCUCGUGGUUUCUGCGAAAGAGGGAUGGGAAGGUGUGAGUAGGAUUGCUCUGCCAUCGUGA